AGAUCAGGAAGAGAGGAAGAAAGCAAGAGAAGGACAGGGUGAGUGAGGAAAAAAAAGGACCAGAGAAAGAGGGAGGGUGAACGAGCGAGAGCGAAUGCAACCGGAGGCUUCAGCACUGCGCCACUGAGACCCAGAGACAGACCCAGCCCCUCUCUUCUUCCUGCCUCACAUUAUCCCUCUGCCUCCAUCCAGCACCGCACCGCACUGCACAGCUCUGCUCUCCACGCGCAGCGACCAUGGCAAGCACCAUGUCAGCCUACAAGGAGAAAAUGAAGGAGAUGUCUAUGCUGUCUCUGAUCUGUUCCUGUUUCCACUCGCAACCGUUUCUCAACAAAAAUUACAAAUAUGCAGCAGACAUGGAGGUGAAGCCGAUCAAUAAGAGGGCCUCCGGCCAGUCCUUCGAGGUGAUUCUGAAGGCCCCCGCAGACCUGUCCCCCGACCGCCCCCAGCCCCUGGCCUCCCCCCCGAAAAAAAAGGACAUGUCUCUGGACGAGCUGCAGAAGAGGCUGGAGGCUGCUGAGGAGAGGAGGAAGUCCCAGGAGGCCUUGGUCCUGAAGCAUCUGGCUGAGAAGCGCGAGCACGAGCGGGAGGUACUGCUCAAGGCCCUGGAGGAGAACAACAACUUCAGCAAGAUGGCUGAGGAGAAGCUCAACUACAAGAUGGAGGCCAAUAAAGAGAAAAGGGAGGCCUAUUUGAACGCCUUGAAGUUGCGGCUUCAGGAAAAGGAAAUGCAUGCAGCUGAAGUGCGCAGGAACAAGGAGCUGCAGGCCAGGCUUUCUGGCUGAAGACCUUUUCUACGAAUUUAUCAAGAAAAUCUAUGUUUGAGGAGUUUUUGGCAAGGAAAUGCAACUUUUUUAAUCUUCCUGCAUCGAAGGUCAUCCAUUGUCGUCCAUUUACCAAGUUAUUGAACUCAUUCUUCAUGCAAUAUGAAAUCGAUUUGCAAAUAGUGUAAUUGCAAUUAUACAACUCACCACGUUGAUCUACCAGUGAAAGUUCAGUACUCUGUAGAGGUUUUCAAGUCUAUUUCACUAGUAUUCUACACGAAAGAGAGAUUUUGGAGGGCUUUUUGUACAUUUCACUACAGAAUCUAGUACUAGAAUUUGCCACACAAACAGUUCAGCAUUUUCCUUUAUUGUUUAAAUAACAAUUGUCAAAUACUCAUGCAUUAUAAAAUAUUUAUGCAUUUGGGUUUCGCAUACAAAUAACUGUUCUAAUUUGCUGUGAAAUUAUAUUGAAGCACAACUAGCAAUCAAACAACUACUGGCUGAAUGACAUUAUGAAACAAAACCAAAAUAAUUGUGUAGUGACCGUUCUCUUCCAAAUAUUUACAACUGUUUGUGCAAAAAAAAAUUGCUUGAGCCAAAUUCAUUUUUUAUCUUCAUCAUUUUACUGCAGUGAUGCAGUGAUUGUUUAAAAAAACAUGCUGGCUUGAAGUUGAGCUUUGAUUAGCUUCCUCCUCCAUUUUAAAAAACAGAAUACAGGUCAUUUUUCCCUCAUUAGGUUUCAUUGCUCCUAUAACGCAUUGCAUUUCCUCUCGUCUUUUUGGUCCUAUAUAUACUACAUAUACGUCACCUGUUAAACCCAUUACUGCAAGGAGGCUAAAUUUGGUGCUACAUACUGUAAAUCUGUAGUUUCUCCCUCUCUUGUUCAGAGAGUGGCAUAUUAACAUAAUUUAGGCUUCAGCUAUGUAAUCUAGAUCUGGCCCCAUGAUGUGGCCCCAUGAAGAUGGUCAUGUUCUACCAUUGUUGCAUUUCACGCAGCACAGGCUCAAACACUGGAAGGCAUGCGUAUCACUGAACAGGGAAAAGCUAUACGUAUAUCUGCUUAUCUGGUAUUCUGACUUACUGUAUAUUGCCAUAUUUAAAGGUUAUAAAUAAGAGGUUGCCAAGACUAUAAAGUGAGAACUGACUACAGCAAGAAAAGUGUUGAUCUGUGUGAUUUCUCUCUCACACUCUCCCUUUCUAAUCCGAUGCCUUCUCUUCUCCGAUGCCAACUUUUCAUAACACGAUAUCUGUAAAUGAAUGCUGGGUGAAUGCAGUAGGGUUCAUUUUAGUACUGUGCCACAACAGUACAAUGCGGACUGCAUCUUUGAUUGAAAAUAAGAAAUUCAGUCAAAUUUAGCCAUUGUUUAACAAAGAAAUUAGAUACUGUAUAAAUAUGAUGUAACAUGGUUAUUACUUCAAAAAUAAAUGUGUAUGGACAGGCCAACAUGCCUUCUCUGAAUUGUGAACAGACAGCUUUCUGGUCUUCCAUCCCUGCACUGACUAAGGCAACUGUACUUGGCUUCACAGUGUGUGAUGUCCUAGUUUGUUUAAAUUGGGCAGAGAUGUGUUGUGCUCGUGCUUGAAAUGGACUGCAACCUUGCCUUAAGACACCAGUGCCAUCCACUGUUAGCAUUUCCUCUCUAUGUUACCUGAAGCCCCUUUCCUCCCCUCACCUGACAGCGAAUAAUUGAAUAAUUCCAGGUUAUUUCACUUCUAAAUUUCAAAACACAAAUAUUCUUGUUGCCAUAUCACAUUUUGUAGGUUAUUACAGAGCAUCCGAUCCCCACAGUCCAAAAGGAUAACGCACAUAGACGCAAGACAGUUGCAGUUACCAGUAUAAUCAUACUCAAGAAACUCACCUCCAGUACAGUGUCAGCUCUGGAUUGUUAUUGUGAACAGAAAUGAUAAUAAAUAAUAAUAAAGUUGGUAACUCACCAGU